UUGCGUCCAAAUAAGCUCCAAUUCGCAACCAACAUGACUUGCGGCCACAACGACCGAUUGUUCUCCCAACUGCGUUGACUACUUAGGACAUCCCCGACCAACAGUCGCAAGACGUUUCCAGAAUGAGUCCUGCCCCAUAGCCGCGCUAGUUGUCGCUUCUGCCCUGCCCCUCUCACAGUGCCCUUCUUAUUAUUUUCGCCUUCGACGAUGUAUCAGCCUCAAACAGGGAGGGCUCCGCCUAGACUGUCGCGCCAGAUACCUCGCCAGUCUCCUUACCUACUGCGCAAUGUGCGCAUGCCCUAUAAAAGUGGCUACCAACAAGCUGCUGGUGGCGAUGUGAGAGCACAGAGACAAGGUCCGGUCACGUCCGCGGCGCAAGGCAAAAACAGCCCCAACAGCAGUUCCAUCAACCCCCAAAUGCUGUCAGCGUCCUCCAUGUCAGGAAACCCUACCCUCCCGAACCGUUCCAUGCUUACCGAAUACUUCCAGAACAAGCUCUCGAAAAGUCUCUGA